CGCGCAGCCCGCCCGGCGCCGGCAAGCUGGGUGUUGGGAAUGCUGGUUCGCCCUGGCUCGCUCGCUUGUACAAACUCCUGGAUCUUACAUGCCUCUGUAACCCCCCACUUCCACGCCAUGUCCCCAUGCUCCUGCGCCGGCAACAGGACCUGUUCUCUGGAUGUCAGCUGAGUUACUAAGGUGACUCUGCACGCCAGGAGAGAGACCUUGGUAGAAAGAACCUUAAGGCUCUUGGAGACCCCCAUCUCUCCUUCUUUUCUGUGUGUGUGGGUCUUCACUGAACAUUCAAACCUGUUUCUCCAAAGGGUUUUGCAAAAACUCAGACUGUUUUCCAAAGCAGAAGCGCUGGCGUCCACAGCAGAAGUGAUGGGCAGCGUACGCACCAACCGCUACAGCAUCGUCUCUUCGGAGGAGGACGGCAUGAAGCUGGCCACCCUGGCGGUGGCCAAUGGCUUUGGGAACGGGAAGAGUAAAGUCCACACUCGACAGCAGUGCCGGAGCCGCUUUGUGAAGAAGGACGGCCACUGCAACGUGCAGUUCAUCAACGUGGGCGAGAAGGGCCAGCGGUACCUGGCGGACAUCUUCACCACGUGUGUGGACAUCCGCUGGCGGUGGAUGUUGGUUAUCUUCUGCCUGGCUUUCGUUCUCUCCUGGCUGUUUUUCGGCUGCGUGUUUUGGUUGAUAGCGCUGCUCCACGGGGACCUGGACGCAUCCAAGGAGAGCAAAGCGUGCGUGUCCGAGGUCAACAGCUUCACGGCCGCUUUCCUCUUCUCCAUCGAGACGCAGACCACCAUAGGCUACGGCUUCCGCUGCGUCACAGACGAGUGCCCCGUGGCUGUUUUCAUGGUGGUCUUCCAGUCCAUCGUGGGCUGCAUCAUCGAUGCCUUUAUCAUUGGCGCGGUCAUGGCCAAGAUGGCCAAGCCCAAGAAGAGAAACGAGACCCUGGUCUUCAGCCACAACGCCGUGAUCGCCAUGAGGGAUGGCAAGCUCUGUCUGAUGUGGCGGGUGGGCAACCUUCGGAAAAGCCACCUGGUGGAAGCUCACGUGCGAGCACAGCUCCUCAAAUCCAGGAUUACUUCCGAAGGGGAGUACAUCCCCCUGGAUCAAAUAGACAUCAACGUCGGCUUUGACAGCGGCAUUGACCGCAUAUUUCUGGUGUCCCCCAUCACCAUCGUCCACGAGAUAGACGAGGACAGCCCUUUAUACGAUCUGAGCAAACAGGACAUCGACAACGCGGACUUUGAGAUCGUGGUGAUACUCGAAGGCAUGGUGGAAGCCACGGCCAUGACCACGCAGUGCCGGAGCUCGUACCUGGCCAACGAAAUCCUCUGGGGCCACCGCUACGAGCCCGUCCUCUUCGAGGAGAAGCAUUACUACAAAGUAGACUAUUCGAGGUUCCACAAGACUUACGAAGUACCCAACACUCCCCUUUGUAGCGCCAGGGACUUAGCGGAGAAGAAAUACAUCCUCUCCAGCGCUAAUUCCUUUUGCUAUGAAAAUGAGGUUGCCCUCACAAGCAAAGAGGAAGAAGACAGUGAAAACGGGGUCCCAGAGAGCACGAGUACGGACACACCCCCUGACAUAGACCUUCACAACCAGGCAAGUGUACCCCUAGAGCCCAGGCCCUUACGGCGAGAGUCGGAGAUAUGACUAAUUCCUCCUCGGGAAUAGUUACUUUGAAACGCAGUCUGUUGGUCAAAGGCCCAAAGCAGUUACGCAGACGACGGUACUGGUGAAGAGGUGGUUUGAGACAAGUGACCACGAGGGACUGAGGCUAGCACGAUGCUUUCAAAGAAAGACUGUAGGCUCAGAGAUGAACCUAAAGCACUAAACAUGCCUGCCCCCCCGUGACCCGAUGGCACAUAACACGUUGUAGAAUAAGUUAUGGGACGUUUAUGUCUUGUCUUGUGUUUUCAUACCAAACUUGAACUUGCAGGCAAGCCUUGGUUGGUUGGGUAUUUGACGUCUCCAGAAUGCUUCUCUUUAGGGAACAAGAAUGUUUUUAAAUGGCAUCACAUUUUUAAAUGUUUUCAAGGCAAGACUCUGCCUUAACUUUUGAAAAGCUGCUAACUACACGAACACACGUUGUACUGUUGCAGUGUAGUUUUUCUUGUGUGUAAUUUAAAAAGUCAGUGUUGAACUUUCUCGAGAGCUCAUGGUAUGCGCUUCAAAGUGGCAGGUAUUUGGCUGUUAGUGGCCAAAACGAGAGCCUGAUUUUUUGAGGCCAGUAAUUUGUUUGCUAGAAUUGAUUUCUCUCUCUCUCUCUCUCUCUGUCUCUCUCUGUCUCUCUCUGUCAAUCUCUUUCCGGUUACAUAAGGGCAUUAUGUAACGCUAGCCAAAUGGUAGCCUCUGGGUUGUCGUUAUUGGUUUUUUUUUUCUCCAUGAUGUUAAUGGGUGAUCUCAAAUUUUAAGUUAGACUACCUGAAAUAAAUACCAAAGAUAAUGCACAUUUUUGCACAGUGGAGCUUAUACUAAAAAGGAAAGAAAGCCCCACGGCUGCCUUGAAGUCAAGAGACAAUAACUUUGAACCUCAGCAAGACCGUGAACUGCCCUCUCCUUUUGCACCUUAUUCAGAACACAGAACAUCACACACACAGUCGCGUAAGCGCCGUGCUUUACAUCUCUGUUCCUUCAUGUAACUUUCACGUUAUAGAAGGAAGAAGACAGGGGAAGAAAAAUUCACACGCACACGAUAUAAACAUCUUUUCUUUCCUUCGAGGUGGUGCUAGCCAGGUGAACGCAUACGACGUUGAGAGACGGUGAUAUCAGUGCCCUUAGAUUUUUUUUCUGGGUUUUUCCAUGUUUUGCACAUUCCAAAAUUGAUUCCAGAAGACAAGACCUAGGUUGAAAUGAGUUGGCAUCCUUGACGCUGAGCCAUCCAGCUUGAAAGAUCAAUAGGUUUAUACCCCUGUGGCUGAAUUCCUUGCCCUGACAGCUGGUACAUCUCCAGCUUAACUGCAUCUUCCAAAAGAUGCCACGCCUGGCCUCUAGGCUGGCUCUUACGAUCAGGCUGUCUGGACUGAGUCCUACAGCAUCCGAGGGGGCUGGGAAUGCCAAAGUGGGAAGGUGGGAAGAUGCCGAAGGGCCGUUUUGACGUAGCUCAUCAGCUCAAGUAUUCAGGAGGGAGGGGAACAUUGCUUUUUUUUUUUUUUUUCUAAUGGUACAGAGUAGGAAUUGAAAAUGUCUCAGUAAUGUAGGGUCAACAAGAGCCAUAAAAAUUCUAAGAGACUCACAAGUAAAGGAGAUAAUGAUCUAAAAGGGUCCUUUCCCCCGACGGAUGCACGCUCGUGAUUGAAUCCGAGCUGACCCCUUUGCCCGCGGAGCCCUAGAGCAGGCUCCUUAGGGCACAUUGUUUUCCAGAAGCCUCUCCCGCCUGGCUGCCUGACUUGCUAGAAACAUUUUGUUUUGUCUUGUUUUCCGCUCUAGCUCAACAUAAUGGAACUCUCUUUUGGUUUAAAGUUCCUUAUUUGUGAAUUCUGGGGUUGCUGACUUUUCUUUUUAAUUGGCGUCUCAAAAUCAACUCUCUUACGGUAUUCUAUCCCUGUAUGCCAUUAAAAAACAGCUUGUUCUAGAAUCCUGUAUUUUGUAAACUGUUGUCUGUGAUGGUCUAUGGUUCUCGAACAGCCAUAUCUGAAUGCAGUGCCUGCAAUAAUUGGACAGUCUCUGCUGUUCUCAGCCUUCAGAGUCGAUGGGUUUGAACACUGUGGAGUUCUUAUCACUGAAACCAAGUUAGAGAUAUCAAGCAAGUGGAUGUUAUUUUAAGUCCAAACUUAAAGGCAGAUUAGGGAAGUUGUUUAGAGAGGUGGAGGGAUUGCAUGGAUACAGAAUUUACAUUCUUCUGUAAACGGCAAAUGUUUGGCCAUUGACAGGAUGCUGACGGUUUCAGCUGCUGCUAUUUCGAUAUUUUUGCAAAGGAAAAUAAUCAAACCAAAGAGUAUUCAGUGGUCUGUAAAUUAAAUGAUGAUUCAGUGGAGAAUGGGGGUGACCACAGAAAAGGCACCUUCCCAUCACACAGCUCUGCCACU